ACCAAGGUCUGGAAAGUGAACGUGGAGGAGAUGCAGGAGAGCUACGAGAGCGUCAUCUCCUUGGCUGAGGAGAUCGCCAUCAGUUGGCCACGGAUCACCGCCUUUGCCGAAUCCCACCGCAGGAGGGGCUUGAGCACCGAUGAUGCCUUGUUGAGCGAGAACGAAGAGGAGGAGCCCCCGGCGGGCGAGCUGGAGAAGGUGGACGCCCAAACCGCCACACCAGCUGGCAAAGCCAAAAUCCCCAACCCCACCAGCGUGGAGGUGACCAAACCUGGUGGUGAGAACCUUCAGAAACCAACCAAGCAGGCAAGAAAGCCCUCGGGGAAACCCCAAGGCAAAUCUUCUCGCGGUAGCUUCAAGAAGUUCUCCGGCAGGACCUUGCUGGCUCCCGGCCGCUGCCACGACUGCGGCAAAGCCUUGGCCUUUGGCUCGACCUUCUCCAAGCGCCGCCGGGGAGCCGAAAGGCCUCACAAAUGUCCUGAGUGUGGGAAGUGCUUCAGGUUGAGCUCCACCCUCAUCACACACCAGCGGCGCCACGCCGCCGAGAAGCCCUUCAGGUGCCCUGACUGCGGCAAGAGCUUCAGCGUCGGCUCGGCCUUCAUCCAGCACCAACGCGGCCACCUCGGCGCCGCCGCCGCCCCAACCCCCUGCCAGUGUGGGGUCUGUGGGAAGAGCUUCCCUGCCAGCUCCAGUUUGGUGAAGCAUCAGAAGCUCCACCUGGAGGAGAAGCCUUACAAGUGUGGGGACUGUGGGAAGGGCUUCAACUGGAAUUCCCACCUGGAACGGCACCGUCGGAUCCACACCGGGGAGAAGCCCUUCACGUGCCCGGAGUGUGGGAAGAGCUUCUCCUGGAGCUCCCACCUGGACCGGCACCGCCGGACCCACCUGGGGAGCAGUGUGGGCUCCUCCUGUCGGUGCUCCAGCUGCGGUCACUCCCCACCGUCGAGACCCCUGCCGCCGCCGGCAGCGGCCGGAGAAGCUUCCAAAGCUGAGGAGAAACCUUGGAAGUGCGGAGAGUGCGGGAAGGGCUUCACCAAGAGCUCGGCGCUGGCCAAGCACCGGCGCGGCCACGGUGGGGACAAGCCCCACAAGUGUGGGGAGUGUGGGAAGAGCUUUGGGUUGCCCACAGCCUUGGUCCAGCACCAACGGAGUCACACCGUGGGCAAACCCUUCCAGUGCGGGGACUGCGGGAAGAGCUUCUCCUGGAGCUCCCACCUGGACCGGCACCGCCGGAUCCACAUGGGGGAGAAGCCUUUCCGGUGUGGGGAUUGCGGGAAGAGCUUCUCCCAGAGCUCCCACCUGGAGAGACACCACCGCGUCCACGCCGCCGCAUCUCCCACCGGCGGCAGCGGCGCCACGGAGCAACCUUCCCAGUGCAGCGACUGCGGGAAGAGCUUCCUGGCGUCCGCCAAGCGCCGGAGGCUGCUGAGCGCCACCUCGAAGUGCAGUGACUGCGGGAAGAGCUUCCUGUGGGUGCCCCGAGCCAGACCUGCCCCUCAAGAGAAGACCCAAAAGUGCUGUGAAUGUGGGAAGGACUUCACCUCCAAGCUGGACAACGUCAAGCACCAAGGCACCCAGACCGGGGAGAAGCCCUACGGCUGCCCCGAGUGCGGCAAGAGCUUCGGGCAGAACUCGGCCCUGGUCAAGCACCGCCGGAUGCACACCGGGGAGAAGCCUUUCAAGUGUGGGGAGUGUGGGAAGAGCUUCAGCGUCAGGUCCAACCUGAUCAAGCACCAGAGGACGCACCUGGGGGAGAAGCCCUACAAGUGCCCCGACUGCGGCAAAGGCUUCAUCCAGAAGUCCGACCUGACCAAGCACCGCCGGAUGCACACCGGGGAGAAGCCCUACGAGUGCCGGGAGUGCGGCAAGCGCUUCAGCGUCUCCUCCAACCUCAUCAAGCACCAACGCAUCCACCUGGGGGAGAAGCCCUACCAGUGCCCCGAGUGCGGCAAGAGCUUCAUCCAGCGCUCGGAGCUCACCAUCCACCACCGCGUCCACACCGGGGAGAAGCCCUACAAGUGCCCCCAGUGCGGCAAAUGCUUCAGCCGCAGCUCACACCUCAACCGCCACCAACGGACCCACGCCGGGGACAAGCCCAAAGCCGCCGCCGCCGCCGCGGCGGUCGCCAACCCCUCGGGACCCUUCCCCGGCGCCACCUUCUCCCCGCCCUUGGGCGCUUCGGCCACCUCCUUGCCGCCCUUGGGUUCCUUCCCGGCGUCCCCCUCGGCCUUGCCCAUCCCGGGGCUGGACCUGCCCUGGGCCCUCUCCUUCCCCAGCCGAGGCUUCCCCCACCCCUCCUUCUCCUCGGCCCCGGGCUCGGGGGCACAGACCCCGUCCCUCAUUAACUGAGGUCGUUAAGGAGCUGAGGAGGGGAUGGAGAAGUCCUCCUUGCGCCGUGGGUCCGUCCUCCUCCCCCCGUGCCCCAGCCCCUCACCCGACACCCAACUGGAGGUGGCCUCAAAGACUCAGCAUUGGUUGACCUCAUGAUCCCCAUUGAUGGAGAUCCACCUCCACAUGGAUCCCACGGAUGGGGAUCCACCUCUAU